AAAGGGCUGCGACCGUAGGACAUCAGUGAGGCCAGAGGCCAAGAUUACACGCGUUCACAAUCAACUACCGCACCUGUCUUGGCGUGAAAUUGGUGGUUUCCAGUGUCAGAAGGGCAAAAACUUGCCGUGGCUGGUGUGCUUCGGGCAGGGCAUUUGAGAGGCCGCGCUUUGCAGCAGCCGCUGACAGCGGCGUCCACACGGCGGGCAGCAUGAGUAGGGCCAGGGUGUACGCGGAUGUGAACGUCCACCGGCCCCGAGAGUACUGGGACUACGAGAGCCUGGUGGUGAACUGGGGGGAUCAGGAGGACUACGAGGUGGUUCGCAAGAUCGGCAGGGGGAAGUACAGCGAGGUGUUCGAGGGGAUGAAUGUGCUGAACAACACCAAGUGCGUCAUCAAGAUCCUCAAGCCGGUCAAGAAGAAGAAGAUCAAGAGGGAGAUCAAGAUCUUGCAAAACCUUUGCGGGGGCACCAACAUCAUUCAGCUUCUGGACGUGGUCCGUGACCCGCAGAGCAAGACGCCCAGCCUCGUGUUCGAGUACAUCAACAACACGGACUUCAAGGUGCUCUACCCGACUCUCACCGACUACGACAUCAGGUAUUACAUCUUCGAGCUGCUCAAGGCUCUCGACUAUUCGCACUCCAACGGAAUCAUGCACCGAGACGUGAAGCCGCACAACGUCAUGAUCGACCAUGAGCAGAAGCAGCUCAGGCUCAUCGACUGGGGGCUGGCAGAAUUCUACCACCCGGGUAGGGAGUACAACGUGCGGGUGGCGUCGCGUUACUUCAAGGGGCCGGAGUUGUUGGUGGACCUGCAGGAGUACGACUACUCCUUGGACAUGUGGUCGUUGGGCUGCAUGUUCGCGGGGAUGAUCUUCCGGAAGGAGCCGUUCUUCCACGGACACGACAACUAUGACCAGCUCGUCAAGAUCGCUAAGGUGCUGGGUACCGACGAGCUAUUCAACUACCUAGAUAAGUACGAGCUGGAGCUCGACCCUCACUUUGACGGCAUCAUGGGCAGGCACAGCAACCGCCCGUGGCAGAAGUUCGUCAACACCGAGAACCAGCACCUCGUCUCCGAGGACGCCAUCAGUUUUGUGGGACAGCUGUUGAGAUACGACCACCAGGAACGCCUGACGGCGAAGGACGCGAUGGACCACCCCUACUUCCAGGCGGUGCGCGCGAAUCAGGGGAAGCCGGUCGCGGCGCACAACGAGGCCUCGGAGCAAAGCCGCGCGGCGGCCGCGCAGCAGCCAUCCGCGGGGGCGGCGCAGGCAACGUCAAGCAACGCGUAA